CAGCAGCAGCAGACUUACAAAGGAUGAAGAUGUUUGGAAGAAUGAUGAGCUGCUGUGUGGCUCUCCUCCUGACCUUCAGCUCUGUGUCAGCUGUAAGAAAGCUCAACUCAAUCACUCAUCUGAGGUCAGUAGGCUCUGACAUAUCUGCCCAAGAGGACUGCCUCCGGUUCCUCCACUGGUUUGCCAACACAGUUGACAUCAACACAAACGAUGACAUACGUCUGACCUUUGGCCCAAACCUUCGUGAUUAUGGCUCACAUCAAUAUCGCAACGAUGAACAGCUGUUAGAGCCACUGCCGAGGGGAUAUCAGUACUACAGUCUUGGUAAUAUCCAUGGAGAGGGAUCAUUGCAACUUCCACCUCAGGUCAUCCAUUCGGAGCAAGAUGACCGUAACAGGGCUCGGAUCAUAAUCAGAGUCAGGGAGCAGAAUGUGGGACGGCGAACUUCACGGAUAAUAGACCGAGUCUAUAUCACACAGCAUUAUGAGGCAGCUGAACGUCGAGGGAGCGCGUAUGAUCCAGAACAUACAUAUGGGAUCACUACUAGCCUCUUAAGAGCGAUCAGGAGGUUUUCCAUGGACAGAGAUGACAUCAAUUUACUGAUGUCUCUCAGAAACCGCUAUAGAAGCGACGCUGAUGACUCCCAGCUAUCAGAGAUAAGAAACGAGUGGGGUGACCUCGCUUGUCUUGGACUGUUGGUGUUUAUUGUGAUACAACACACGUCAGCAUGAUGUGCUCCGUAGCUCACAGAGUCAUCAAAACGAUGCUUUUGCCUUUUCAGAAAGGUACUCGAAUUUGGAGGACAAAACCUGUGUUUAUUGUUUCAUCUGUCUUGUUGUGCUUCUUGCUUCAGUCUUUUUUGGUCUUGUGUAUCUGUCAUACUCAUCUAAAUAUUAAAUCAACUAAACUCAAUGUCAAUGUAACUGGGCCAUAAAUUACAUAUUGUUACAAUUACACAAAAUGUGUUGUAGACCACAAAUUUUAUUUGCCAGUUUAUACCUGACUUUUAGGACCUUCAAGCCUGUAGUUAUGUUCUUUAUCAGUUAGAGCCCCUCCUCAUUGUUCUUCUUCUUUGGUGCAACCCUAGAAAUACAGUGUACCCCUUUGGCCUCUCCCGUUUUCUACAAUUCGCCUGUGAGAAAGGUUGGUGUCAUUUCUUUCCAGACACUGUACAACACACAUAUAAUGUAUAUUUAUCCACCCUGAUGUUUCUGAUUGUGAUUUUAGUUCAAUUAUUGUCAUCAUUGUGCCUGUUUUUGUUAGAUGCUAUAAAUGUCUAGUAUAUGUGUGCCACAAAUGUGUUUUAGGCGCCGUUAACACUAGCAUGAAUAUAUAAUUCUGGCUAGCUUGUGUGGAAAAUACAUUAUUAGAUAAGAGGGCUUUUAUUAGUAACAUGUUAAUCUAGAAGCUAUUGAACGCGCAGAGCCUUAAAAAAGCAUUUUGCUUGUAACUUGUAGACGUGCCUGCUUAGCUACAGUUAAGUACAGGAUGUGCUCCGGUCGGGUAUGAAAAGAAUAGAACGACAGGAAAUAUCUGCAGUCUAAGACGACUGAAAAUAAUUCUUUAAUACAUACAGAUAUAGGAAGUGUCUAAAGGUCACUAACUGUAAUAGACGUAUGAUAUGAUAUGAUAUGAUAUGAUAUGAUAUGAUAUGAUAUGACAUGAUAUGUUUUUUGCUUACGCAUUAAGAGGCUGAACCUGAUAUACAAAAA